GGCCGACCAAUCAGCGGAGAGUUUGGUCGGGGCCACGCCGUAUUUUCUCCCGCCCAAAGGCGAAGGUUCCUCAAAUGCUUCGCGGCUCCGGAGACGAGGAGGAUUCCUCUCUGGAGGAGCUGAAGAAACGUCUAAAGAUGGUGGCUGGUGGAAGAAAGCAUUCUGGGAAAUCUGGGAAGCCACCAUUAGUGGAUCAGCCUCAGAAAGCCUUUGACUUUGAGAAAGAAGAUAAAGAUCAGUCUUGUUCAGAGGAGGAUGUUGUUGAUGAAAAGACUCCAGUAAUUGAUAAACACGGAAAGAAAAGAUCUUCUGCAGAAAUAAUUGAAGAUGUGGGAGGCGAAGUACAGAAUAUGCUGGAAAAAUUUGGAGCUGACAUCAACAAAGCUCUUCUUGCUAAGAGAAAGAGAAUAGAAAUGUAUACCAAAGCUUCUUUCAAAGCCAGUAACCAGAAAAUUGAGCAAAUUUGGAAAACACAACAAGAGGAAAUACAGAAGCUUAACAGUGAAUAUUCUCAGCAAUUUAUGAGUGUAUUACAGCAGUGGGAACUGGAUAUGCAGAAAUUUGAGGAACAAGGAGAAAAACUAACUAAUCUUUUUCGACAACAACAAAAGAUUUUUCAGCAGUCUAGAAUUGUUCAGACCCAGAGACUGAAAGCAAUCAAACAGUUACAUGAGAAGUUCAUAAAGAAUUUGGAGGAUGUGGAGAAGAAUAAUGAUAAUCUAUUUACUGGCACACAAAGUGAACUUAAGAAAGAAAUGGCUAUGUUGCAAAAAAAGGUUAUGAUGGAAACUCAGCAGCAAGAGAUGGCAAAUGUUCGAAAGUCUCUUCAAUCCAUGUUAUUCUGAUGAGUCUUUGAAGAAAGAACUUGAACCUAUGUAAUAUGAUACAAUUAAAACAUUAAGAGGCAUGCCUUUAGAAGUUAUAUACUAUAACAUCUGUAAUAAUUAGCUAAGUGGAAGAUUUCUGCUCUGUAAACUUAAAUAAACCUAAACACUGUAUAAAAUAGCAGCUAUUCUAGUGUAUCAAGCUUUCAG